UGUUUUGGUGCCCCGCAGUCGAAUCGUCCAGCCUGGGUUGGUUCGAUCGGAAAUCCUGUGGUUUUUCAGUCUCCACGCUCGUUACAUAUUCCAAUGGGAAAUGAAGAUGAUAAGAAGUUCACGGUGUGGCGUUUCACCGAUAAACCUUUGAGACUAUCUUGGGUUGAUCAUCUCGAGGAGCUCUACACGGGUUCGCCCGAUGGUGUCCUGGAUUUUUGUGGCCAGUUGGGGCCUCCCUCGAAGCUCAAGAGCGAAACCUCGUUGCACAGGGACUUCUGUGUGUUCCGGUAUGAUGCGGUCCCCAUGUGGGAGGACGCUCAUAUUAGUAACAUGAAGCUUAGGUUGACAUUGCAAGGCGACGCUGAAAUCGACGCUGUUUGGUGGCGAAGUCUAAUGCUGCUCUUAUCAGCGAAAAGCGAUCUAGCGAUGGUAUCCGGACUGUGCCUCCAAAUUCGCAAAAAAUUUACAGUAUCCUUCUGGUUGUACGGAGAACAUGUAAUGAAGGCCGCAGAGAAGCCCGAGAAGCAAAUAAUCCUCGAUAUUGCGCAGUGUUGGAAAAUGGCGCUCGGCAUAAGUGACGGAGCGAUAGAAGUCUCGAGAAGAAGUCCUCGAGGAUACAGGAAGGCAUUCACCGCUCUAGUAUGGCGCAGCGUCUAGUUAAGCUGAUCAGCCAAAGUUUUUCGAUAUACAGCUAUAAAUUAGCGAAUGGAAGAGUUCUAGGUGGUCGAGUCAUAAUUCAUUUAAGUUUUGGGAAAUAGGACCGCUGGGCCGCGAGCCAUCAGAUCCCUGAAUACAGACGUCGAGGAGGUUU